UUGCCUUACUACUAACAUCUUUAAUUAACACGCAUGUCAUUUUCAAUGUGCCUAUUUAUAUAGUAUAAACAAAAUGGAUUAAAAUUUUGCAAGAGUUAAUUCUGAUUAUUUUAUGGAGCUUACGAGUGUCCGCCGUCAUGUGGAAGUGCCAUAAAUGUGGGAAACCAGUAUACUUCGCUGAACGUAAACAAUCAUUGGGAUAUGAUUGGCAUCCAGAAUGUUUACGCUGUGAAGAAUGUGGGAAACGUUUAAAUCCAGGCCAACAUGCAGAGCACAAAGGUGUACCAUACUGUCAUGUACCAUGUUAUGGAGCUCUUUUUGGACCACAAUUGUUUGGUCAUGGAACAAGAGUUGAAUCACAUACCAGUUUUGGAAAGAAGGAAGCUCGACCUUCGUUACCUAGGUCACACUUGGAAUCCAAACUGAAAGUGUUCAACCAAUAUUAUGAAGGCAAAAGCGGCGGAAUAAGAAGUCGCGAGGUUAAUGGAAGAUUGAUACUGGAAGGGGCGCUUCGAAUUUAUUGGGGUGUUCGCGGAGUAAUUCAUUUAAAAGAGGACGAUGAUCAACGUACGGUAGUCACAGCACGGAAUCGAAAUUCAUGCAGACGUAGUGUUUCCGAUAGUAUAGAAGAUGAAGAAAAAGAGGAGAAUUCAGAGAAGGAUACAGUUGAGCAAGAUGUUGAAACUGAAGCAAAAUCUGUCCCAACUUCUCCUGAUCAUCUUAAGAGUCUCACUUUACCAAUGAAACUAGAUGUUAAGAACAUGGAAUGGGAUGAAUUAGAUGAGCUUCUUCAGGUUGAACGCAAAGUUGAAGAUGGAAAUAAAUUAUACCAAACAAUGCCUGAGAAUCUACCAUCUAUUAGUUCACAGACUAGUUCCGAUGCACCGCUUUCCUCCCAAUCCAGUUUGGAUAGAUCUGAUUCUCGUGAAAAUUCAGAGGCGAAUAGCCCAAACCAUCGUGGCAACGACAGCAGUGUAACUAGUACACCAACGCAUAGUAUAGGUAGCUCAUCCAGUACUGACACACCUGUUUACCAUGGCACACCAAAUCGGAACGGGACGCUUCGAAGGGUAGAAUAUUUUGAUAGUCUGGAGAAAAAUAUGUCUGGUAAUAGAACUAUCAGCACCGACGAUAGUUGGAUAGAAAAAGGAUUAAAUCGUUCGAUGUCCGGGCCUGAUUGUCUUCAGAGACAUCGAACUGAUAGCGAUACAGAUUCUGUGAAUUCACUUCAGUUCAGGGAAGAUGAUAACAUGACGAUGUCCACCGACAGUGGUUUAGAGCUGGAUGGCGUUGUUUUGCGACGAAAACAAGGAUCUACAGCUAUCCGACGUCGUCCUGGAGGUCGACGACAAUCUCGAAGCCGAUUACGGCGUCGUUGUUCGAUCAAUGGACACUUCUACAACCGAGAAACCAGUUUCUUCACUCCGCCGCAUGGGUCACAAAUGUCCGUGUGGAUUACCAGUUUAGUGAAUACUCAAGAAGUUAUCAAUCUAAUGUUAGAUAAAUAUAAAGUGGAUGCGAAACCAGACAACUUUGCUUUGUUUGUAGUUCGUGAUAACGGCGAACAAAGAAGAUUGCGAGAUGACGAAUAUCCUUUGGAGGUUCGUGUCGUAUUGGGUCCACAUGAAAACGUUGCACGGCUCUUUUUAGUAGAUAAACUUUCGACACCGGAAAUUAGCUCUGACGUUGCGCAGUUUCUUAAUCUCUCUUUGGCGGAGUGUCACGGUAUUCUGCAGCGUUAUCAUUACGAGGAAGAGCGUCAGAUUCUUUUAUUAAAAGAAAAAUACAAAGAAAUGCGGCGAAGAAUACGGCAAAGAAUGGAAGAGUUAAAGGUUCGAUUGUAGUUAGUAUCCACUAUAUCAUUAUUUUUUUAUUAAUUUUUAUUGAGAAAUCCUUCCUUCUUUGUUUAUACAUAUUGUUGUGCCGGCUAGUAUCAUGAACGCCUUUAACACAUUGCAUGGGCUCAAUAACCAUAACUCUAACGUUCUAUUGCAUCGUUGGAAUUGUAUUGGUCAUUGACCUACAGUCGUGUCGUUCGCCCAAUAUUGAGCGGUCAAUAGGGGCAACAAUAAGAGAAUUAUUAUUCAUGAACCCACAGGUCUAGAUGGCCUUGUUUGAGUUUAUCACUCUUGGAACUGUCGGUUUAGGCUUUGUAGUCGCGUUGAUCAUCCUCGCGCUCGUGAAUCAUUAAUAUAUCAUAAUUAUGCGACGGAUAAAAAUGGCGGGAAACUUCAUCAAAUACUGCAAGUGGCGCCACAAGUUCAGUUCUGACAACCCGUAUGGGAAUAAACCAUUAGUUUUUUUUUGUGAUCCAUUAGUGUUUUGUUAUGUUCUUCGAAACUAUCCGGCACGACAAUAUAAAUUAUUCAUCCAAAUGUAUCGUUGUAAUCGUCUUAAAGGUAUGUAUUGCAAUAACGAUACAUAAUCUUUAAUCUAUGAUAUAUCUAAACGUUCGAACGUAUUAGAGGUUUAUUACUAUUUUUGUCGAUAUUUUUCAAACUUGUUGCAUUCAUCAAUACCAUUGGAAAACUAAUUCCUAUAAGCUUUCAUUUUUUCAGUUUUAAACAAUUUUUAAUAUACAGCAGGGUAUUUCAGAGUUAGCGGACUCUAUGUUUCUAUAUUUUAAAAUAAUCACCAAAGCGGAAAAAACAUGUGGCGCCACUAUAGGGAAAAGUACCAUCUGGUGUUGAUGAAAAGAACUAUAAAUUGGUGUAUUUUUUGCGCUCUCUAUUGGUAGAAUAAAAAAACUAAUUUUUAGCACCAGACAGUAGAUGGCGCUGAAUUUUUUCCGCGAUGGCGGUUUUUUAAAAAUUUUAUUAAUUUAACAUUGGUUUAUUCAGAAAUGCAGCCUUGUACAAAAAGAUGUUACUCUACACUUUCGAUUCAGUUUUUCACGUAGAUUCACCCCAUUAGAUCAAAAACAUUUUAUAUAACGUUACAAACAAAAUAACUGAAUAGUUUAUUAUUAUUCGAUAAGUUAUUCAUUUUUCCAAUCAAUUGAAACAAACUAUCACCAUCUUUUACAGGAAUUAUUUUUUCAAAGCUAACAAAUGCAAUAAGUUUAAAAGAAAGAACUUGUAGCAGAGAUCUCGUACGAUUCGACCCCGAACCACUAAUUUUAUUGGAAAAGUGAUUUACGUUCGAGCGUGCUACGAGCGAUAACGUGCUAACACAUUAUAGCCUAAAGUCUAGUUGUUACAUUAUCCAGCUUUAUUCAUUAUUUCUUCAUGUUUUUGUUGCAUUUAUUCGUAGUCAUUUGCGCGCAGCUACUAUCGAAUUACAUUAGUGCAAUUUAACUAGAAGUUCGUCUAUUAUCUAAUAUACAUAUUUUUUAAGUCGACUGUUCAUUAAGUAAGAGUCACGCGAUCAGCCAAGCCAUCGAUUAAACAUGAUGUCUUCUAAAUUGUUAUUCGCUUAUCUUUGCAAGUAUAGCGUAUCAUUAGUAUCAUUGAUAAAAGCAGCGAAAUCGAACAAAAUUAUUGUUAAGCUCGAGGUGUCUGUGUCACUAUAUUAAGUCAAUUUCUAAUUAAUUUCUGAUCGAAACAGAGCAGAAUUUUUAUUAAAAAAAAUAAUAUUCCCCGUUUAGAAUGUACUGUCAUUAGAAUCUAAACGCAAGGCUGUCCAACUUUAUACCUCGUGAGGAUCUUUCAAAUUUUCUUUUCACGUAGGUGCCAAAAAAUAAGAUGUAUAUUGAACGAAGAAUGAACAUAGAAUUUUAACGAUGGAAUUGUUGAAUUUGAAAUGGAGAUAUUAGAGAAAGUGUAACGUUUUAAAAAUAUAUGUACGUGUAUAUAUAUAUAUUAUAUAUACUGUCCAGAUGAAAAUAAUUAUAAACAAUUGUACCUUAGAACAGUCGUUUAGUUGGACAGCUCCGUAUCCGUAGAUGAUAACAUUGUUAAUUAACUCGACACGUGUCACUGCCGCAAUUUACUAGACCAUCGAUGAAGGUUUUUAAUUAUAGAAAUAGAGAAAGGAAUAUUGUUUUAAACAUGACUUGGCUUCCACGCUUUGUUUCAAAAAAUACAAUUUUCAUUGACGCGAUUCACUCGUGAAUUAGUUUACUAUUAAUUUCUUUUUUUUUUUAA